AGAAGAUAGGGAAAGUACACGGCGCAAUCAAUGGGGGACCUCCGUACCUUAAAAGCAACGACCCCACUCUUUUGAUUCCUUUUCUUCAGAGUUACGAAUCUCAGAUGGUGGAACUUCAGAAGCAGCGAAGCAAGUUGGUGGCUCGGUCGCCAAAGCGCCAGAAGAGAAGAGUCGGUUUGAAAGGGACCACAUCCACCGCCGCCACCCUAGGUGCUGUCGUCACUGCUGGUGCCACCCGAGUAGCAGCGCCCGCUCUAACUCCGGAGGCUUCUACCGCUUCGGAUGCUGCCGCUACAGCUACAGUGGGGGGCCCUCUAUAGUGCCGGUACGUGCGCAGGGCGUUCACCGGCACUAUAGCGGGCACCGGCACAACUGGGAAUAGUGCCUCAAUAGUGCCAAACGGCACUAUUCGGGUGAUCGAUAUCCCUCAGUAGUGCCGGUCUGGCACUACUGAGGCACUGCUGUUUGAGUUCAUGGUGUAUCGCUUACCAUUUGCGAGGCCAACAGAGUAGCAUGUGGAUCGAGUGUGGUGAAUAUACUUUGUGGGCGGCAGGGGCAGCCUUUUCUGAGACAAAUGUGGGUUCCACUCUGAUAGCUGAGUUUGCCGCGAAACCAUUCCCGCAUGCACGUUUGGGAACGAUCCGAGGCGCCCCUGGUGCCACUACGGCCCCUGCCGCCGCCGAAGGUGGCGAUCCUGCUGCUGCUCCUCGAGGCGCGGCUACCGACGCUUGCGUCCUCGCCCCGUCCAGCUCCACCGACCCAGCCUCCGACGCCCCCGCCCCCGCAUCCGCAUCCGGCGCGACUUCACCUCUACCGACCGAUCCCGGAGGUGUCGGGCCUGCUCGUGCUUAUACGGCUCCCGCCGCGCCUGGUGCUGCAGCUCCGGAAGCUGUCGAUGCAUCUGCUGAAAGCGCCGCUCCUGGUGCUGCCGGAGAGAAAACCCGCCAGGAGAGCCGUCCGCAAAAUUACUUAUACGGCCCCUGCCGCGCGUUGUGCUGCCGCCCCUGUUACUGCCGCUUCGAAUGCUGCCGGAGGGACCACCCACCAAGGUCUUCGGAAAACAACAGCCGCCGCUGCUGCCGCACAGGCCCCAGCCGCUGCUGCUGCCUCUUGCACCGACGGUUCGAUGGAAACCCCAGCCGCCGCUGCUGCCGCCACCCAGGCCUCCCCCGACGCUGCUGCCCCACGGGCCCCCGGCAUCGCUGACGCUUCGUUCAGAAACGAUGCUACAGCCACGGUAGGCGACGAAGAGGACGGUGGUGGUGGUUGUGGUGGUGGCGAUCCCGGCGACGCGUCCGGAGCCGCCGCCCCCGCCCCUUCACCUGUUUCGGCUGCAUCAGGUGCUGGAUCAAACACGGAUGGACCUGUUCCCGGCCCGGAGGAACUGUGUGCCUGUGCAAGUGAUUCCGUCGACGCCGGUGCGUCCACCUCCGCCAAAGGUGUUGCUUCCGCUGCGGCGGUUCCUGCUCCUGCUUCUACGUGUGCUGACGAUGGCGCCCCGGCCGCUGGCGGACAAAAGGACGAGGGGAAUGACACCCGCGGUAAACUGCAGUUUUCCGGAUGGCAGCCCGCAGCUGUUAGCCGAUGCACCACCGCCGACGACAAGCCGCCCGAAGGCCUUACUGAACAGGAAAGGAACGUCUGGAUAAGGAGCUGGAACGCUAAGGAGCGCGCCUUGUACGCCAUAGAGCAGGAGGAAGAGGGGGGUAGGCCGCGUGGCGGAGGCGACGGUUCCGCCGCGAAACACCCGAGGCCAAAGGUGUCAGAGGAGGACGACAGGAAGAGCGAAGAAGAGAAAACGGACGAUAUGGUCGUGAAAGCUCAAGCCGGAUUGUUUCUGGAAGACUUCGACAUGGUUCAACGUUUUCUCGUGCAAAAGCUAGGCUGGAAACACAUCCGUCCCAACAGAAGAAGGGCAGAGAGUUGGACAAAAGAGGAUUGCGUGUACAUCUGUAAAGAUCGUCUUUGUCUUGCACUCGCACGCGAUCGAGAGUUCCUAGAUAUGUUUGCGAGACAUUAGGGAAUGUGCGGACUGGUCUCAUGCCUUGGUUUUGGAAGUCGGAGGUCUUUUCGCAGGACGCGAUACUUCUUGGUCAAUUGUUCGUGUCUUGUAUCCAGCAUUUCGAAGGAGGGGUGCACGUGCACAUUUGAACCAUCUACGGCGAACACACGUGGCUCGGUGUGGUUCUCGGAGUAAGAACCGAUUCACUCUUGAAGGCCCCCGGCGGAAGGGUGUGUGUGGUGUGUGUGUGUGUGUGAAUGUGUGUGUGUUUGACGAGCAAGCUUCGUCCUCCAUUUUUAAGACACGGCAAACACAUCUUCUAUUUAGUACGCAUUAACUGUUUAUUUAGUGAGCGUGUUAAACAGAAAAGAUGUCCAUUUUUCGCCGUCUCUGUAUCCAUUCAUUUUGUAUCGUUGUCACAGGGUAAACUCUGCCACGACGGACGACAUCCGCCGUUAUGGCAUGCUGUUGUGCGAUGGCGUGCAUUAUGAGACGAUUUUGUACAAUGAUCAGGGGUCUUUUUUGCGGG